AUGAACAAUCGCUUAAUUAUUAUUGCAAUAUGCACCCUAGCAUUGAUUGGACUGUUAUUAUAUGUUAAAGAUUCAUAUUAUAGUACUCAAAUAUUUCAAAAUCUUUGUCAAACUCCUGAUAUAACUUCAGACGGUGUAAAUUAUCGUAAAGAUCAAAUUUCAGACGAACAUUCAUUUUUACGCGUAAGUCAACAAUAUAGAACAGACAAAGUUACUACUCAUCAUUAUGAAGUACUUUAUGAGAAAUAUAUAAGAAAAUAUGUAGGAUCUAAUUUACAUAUACUCGAAAUUGGACUUGGAUGUGGAAUGGAUUAUGGAGCUGGAGCAUCAGCACAUGUAUGGCGUCAAUAUCUCGGACCACAAGCAAAUAUUUAUUUUCUUGAAUUCAAUCGUGCCUGUGGUGAAGCUUGGCAUAAAGCUCACAACCCGAAGUUGAAUAUCACAAUGUUCUAUGGCAGUCAAGAUGAUGUAGCAGUUUUAAAUAAUAUAACAUCAACAAAAGGUAAAUUUGAUGUUAUUAUUGAUGAUGGUGGUCAUACAAUGAAUCAACAAAUUACUUCGUUUAAUCAUCUACUACCAAAAGUUCAAUCGGGUGGUAUUUAUGUUAUAGAAGAUUUACUUACUAGUUAUAUAGACGUAGCAGGUGGUGGUUAUCUUCGAGCUGGAACAGCAAUCGAACUUAUUAAAACAUUAGUUGAUGAUAUUCAAGGUGCUUCACCAAAAAAGGUCACAAAUAUGGGCAAUAAAAUACGUUCAUUUGAAAUCAGUGAUGAAAUAUGCUUUUUUACUGUAAAAUAA